AACUAUGAUAUUAUAUAAUAAGAUAUAUAAAUUCACUUCGGUACUGUACUAUACGUCAUUAAAUAGUGAAAGCAGCGAGAAAUGAAGCAUGAAUAUAUAAGAAGAAUUGUCUCUGCAACAUUAUCUCGUCUUGGCUAUCAUAUAGGAUGCUAUCCUCAAAUAUACGUUGCAGUUACCUUUAUAACAUCAGUUGUUUUAUCCACCGGAUUAUUAAACAUUCCAUUACAAAAGGAUAUAGAAUACCUUUAUAUUCCGUUCGAUGCAAGAAGCAGGAUCGACAGAGCAGCUAUUGAGUCGAUUUUUCCAACCAACACGUCACAGUGUGAUUACAGAAGAAUGACAAGGUUCGAAGCAUUUGCAGCAAUACGUCUUACGCCUAUAAACGGAACUUCUGUAUUGGACGAAUCAAUAAUUGAAGAUAUUAUCAGACUUGACGAUAUUAUACGAAAUGUUACCAUCCUUUGGGACAAUGCAUUCGUACGUUACGAAGAUUUGUGUUGUAAAACCGAGAAGAAUACUUGCUAUGAAAAUUUUGUUUUGACGUUAAAAGGAAAAAUCAAUGAUAUCAAAACAGGAACAUACAACAUAAAAUAUCCGGUUGAUAUAACUGGAGAUCAAGUAAUAUUGUCUGCUCUGGAAUUUGGAGGAGUAACUUUAGGUGAAGAAGAUAUGAUCCGAGAUUCCAAUGCAAUUGGAUUGAACUACGCAUUGGACCGUACCACAAAAGAGAAGAAAGAAAUGGCGCUGAAAUGGGAACAAACGUGUUUAGAAAUUUUGUCAAAAAUUCACUUGAACAAUACUAAAUUUUUUAAAAUUUUAAGUCAGUCCCUAAAUGACGAAAUUAAUGAAAUUGGCGAAAGUUGUUUGUUUCUUGUCCUCGUUAUUGGUCCAAUUAUGCUGUUAUUUUCAGCAAUUUCUUGCUUGUCAACUGACGCUGUCAGGAGCAAACCUUGGAUGGGUAUCGCUGGUUGCGCAUCACCUUUCUUAGCAACUGUUGCAGCAUUUGGUAUACUGUGUUACAGUAAAAUGGAUUACGCCUCGCCAAAUUUCAUGAUCAUUUUCCUAAUAUUAGGUGUUGGUGUCGACGAUGGCUUUAUAUUGAUAGCUGCGUGGAGAAGAACUGACGUCAACCAUUCUGUUCCAGAAAGAAUGAAACAAGCAUAUGCCGAAGCUGCAGUUUCCAUAACUAUUACCUCUCUAACCAAUCUCCUUGCGUUUUGCACGGGAUUUGUAACACCUUACAAAUGUAUUCAUAUAUUCUGCGCCUAUGCAGCUCUGUCAAUCGUGUUUGACUAUAUUUAUCAGUUAUUGUUUUUCGGCGGACUGAUGGCUUUAGAUGGAUACAGAGAAGAGCAUAAGCUGCAUUCUCUAUUUUUCUGGCCAGUCAAACAUAAUCAUUCUGUUGAACAGAAAACAGAAGUAAAGUCACAAGAAAAUCUCUUCAUGGUAUUCUUCGGUAAUAUUUUCGGUGAAGUCCUUGGAAAUCCAAUUAGUAAAAUUACUGUGAUUUCUACGUUUGUCAUUUAUCUAAUGGGUGCAAUAUACUGUUUACAAUUUAUUCAAGAAGGAGAAGACAUAACUAAACUUUCUCCAUAUACUUCUUACGUACGUGACUAUCUAAACGUUGAACAUAAGUAUUUUUCUAAUUACAGUCAUCAAGUGCAAAUAGUCAUUAACCAGACAUUAGACUACUCAAAUGUAACUGUCCAAAAUGAUAUAGAAGAUCUUCUGCAAAGUUUCGAGUCUGCUCCAUUUAUAUCCGAUUCGUCGACCACAGAAAGUUGGCUGAGAGAAUUUCUGGCAUUUACUAAAUCUCCAGUUGCAAAGUUUUCGCUUUCUGGUUACAAUCUGACUGAUUCUAAAGAGUUUCUGGGUGCAUUUAAAAAUGUUUUCUUGAGAGUAAAAGUAGCAAAUAGGUUUAGAAACGACGUUAUCUUUAACGAAGAAAAAGAUAAAAUUAUUGCAUCGAGAUUUCUCGUUUCAAGUUUGGAUGGAAAAUCUCGAAUUGACGAAAACUUUUUUUUUGAAAAUGUAAGAAAAAUUGCCGAUAACAGCAAGAUUCCAGUUAUUGCAUACAAUUUUAGAUUUAUAUAUUAUGAACUUGCUUACAAUAUUUUUUCAAACUGUAUAAAAGCCAUGUCUUGUGCUGCCGCCAUAGUGAUCUUAGUAUUUCUUUUAUUUACCCCUAACGUAUUGUUUCUUUUGUCUGUUGCCAUCGCUAUUGUUUCUAUUCAAAUUGGUUUGACUGGAUACGUGUCUAUAUUUAAUGUGACGGUGAAUAUUACCGCUUUAAUAGCAUUAGUGAUGUGUACGGGAUUUUGUGUUGAUUACACGGUUCAUACGGCUUAUGCGUUUAUCAAUUGCAAAAAGAAGACACCGAACGAGAAAAUCAAGAGUUCUUUAUAUGCUGCCGGAUAUCCAGUGUUACAAGGAUGUUUAUCUAGUUUGUUAGGUGUUUCGGUGUUAUAUUUCGGUCCUGCGGAAUCGUUUGUUGUAUUUUCUAAAAUUAUAACUUUAAUGGUAAUUUUCGCUUCCUUUCACAGUCUGGUUUUACUUCCUAUAAUUUUGAGUCUUUUAGAUUCUAUUACGUUUAAAUGUUUCAAAAGGAAAGACCAAAAACUGAAAUACAAUGAAAAUUAUAGGAACGAACUUGAAUGUUUAAAUUCUAAAAUUAUAUCAUUUCUUGGCGAAAAUUGAUCAUUUUCACUUAUACUGUAUUAUAAUCUACUUUGAAAAUCGUUUUGACCAUUUGGAAAGAAAAAGUGUA